UGAGGAGGAGGAGACUGAGGAGAGUACGGACCGGCCGCAAUGAGGGCUCCGCUUGGAUCAUCAUCAAUGUGUUACAAGUUACAAGAUGAUGUUCAUGAUGAUGACUGCCGGCCGGAGUACAGCUUGAAGAGGCAGCUUAUGGAAUGUUCAAAUCCUUUCUUCACCUCCUCAACCACCUGACAUUGGCAGACAGUCACCUCCCAAGCGGCCAUGAUCAAAAGGGACACGAGUGCAUGGAUACCUUGACACGGGCUGAAAAGUCGUGGUUGAAGUUAAAAUUGUCCAGUAUAUUCAGUUAAAACAGUUAUUCAGUACAUGGCUCCAGCAGGGCUAUAUGCAUGCAGUCUCGAUCAGGUUGUUUUGGCAUUUCUUGGCACGUCCAGUUGUUUGUCCACCAGCCAGUCGUGUCUCGUCGUGCCAGCACGUUCCCGCCAACGCCUUCCCCAGUCGUUACCACCAGCAUCCCCCUCCCUCUUCCACUCCCCCCAGAGACCCCCAUCUCCUUGUUGCCCUCGUGCCCUCGUGCCUAUCUGGGGGCUGUCCACCCCUCCCGUCUUAUUCAUUGUCUGAUUCAGGGCUCCAUUCGGUUUCAUGGCUCUUGGUUGUAUCCACGGAUGGAGACACUGGCCCGACCACCACAUGGCACUACGUCGGUGCUCCCUCCUAUCAUAGACCUAUCCCUUGCGUGCAUUGUGCCACGGUGUACGGGCUUAGGUAUACAUCAGACAGGUCCUCGACCUCGUACAGCAAGCCCCAAACGAGUCGGAAAUCCGAGACUCUCCGAUCCUGUCCGGUCAUCAUCAUUGAUGACGGCGCACAUAGAGUUGCUCUGGCUGGAUUUUUACCGACCUUCAAUUCAAGAGUGAUGGAUGAAUGGUCCAGGUCCUCCCAGGGGCUGUCUCUCACUCCCGAAAUACGACGCCCGCCAUGGCUGGGUCCAAUGACAACCGUUGAUUCCACCUCGUGGCUACAAGGCCCUUUUCAUCCGGCCCUACCUUAGCACCUUGAAUGCUGACAGGGACUCUCUUAUGAAAUUAAGUGCUGAUCGAAAUCACGGAUCGCCUAGUUAUCGAACUGCUUCUUCCAGCUCCACCCCGAGCUUUCUGGGUCAUCGACGAGCGUCAUCCUGCGUAUGCAUCU